AUGGCAACCACCAACCCACAGCUGUACCUGGCGUGGCUUCGGAAUGCCUGCACGCAAACCACCAUCUCCAGCAUCCAUGACUUUCAGGAUGGGAGGAAGCUCUUGGCCUUGGCAGAGGACUUGACCGGCCUUCCGUCAGGAACACCAGAGACUGGUACCAGCAAGAUCCACAACAUCAACAACUGCCAUCGAGCGCUGAGGCUGUUUGAACGGUCUGGAGUGGACACAUCUUCCUUUGCAGCUGAAGAGUUUGAUGCCUUCAACGAGAAGAAGAUCCACAGCUUCAUCUGGCACUUGAUCAGGCGAUUCUCCUUUGACAAGCAAGAUGAGCAAUCUGACUUUGACACGGAGCUGUUGCGCUGGGUGCAAUCCAAGGUGCAUCGUCGCAUGAGCGUCCCUGACCUCAACCCAGGCACCUUCCGAGACGGCCUUGCGCUGGUGGCACUGCUGGAAGCAUAUCAUCCAACGCAGAUCGACUGGGAGAACACGACGAAGAUGUCGACGGCAGAGCGUGUGCAUAUGGCGUUCGAUCUCAUGCAAGCCCUCGGGUUCCCAAGCACACAAUACGCAGCUGACGACUUUCUUGGCCCGGACACUUCGAAGCGGGACAUCGCCACGCUCCUCGCCACCAUGUUCAACUUGCUUGAGAUGUCAUCGCGCGGUGCCCCGAGUCCGCGAAAGCUGGCCCGAAGUAGAGGAACACUCGAGCGCCGCAAACUCAAGCAAAGAGGGUCACUGCCCUUUGGAGUGACAACGCAAUCUCCAAAGGAUCUUGCAAUUCAGGAGAUGUUUCAACGCCACAAUCUUCAAGAUGCUGACACGUUCACAAUCGCAGAUGUUGCGCACUGCCUUGUUGACGCAAUCAACACAUCACCCGUAUCAUCCCCCGGGCCGGCGCAACGCGCUUACGACGAAGAGUUGAAGCGAAUGAUGACGUCAGAUGACUUCCAAGAACUGCUUGCGAACCAACUCGGGGUUUCCCCGCACUCUGCAUUUACCCGACAGGAGGUCACGCAUCUCCUCCAGGAAUGCAUUGACGACACAGGCGAGACGCAGCUGCCGUCCAUUGUAUCCGCGUGCGUUGGCGCUCUCCAGGACGCAACACGCUCAGCGCAGCACGCAGCAGCAAGCGCACGACAGCGCGCGCUUGAGCUUGAGGAAGAGGCGAAGAAGCAAGAAGUGGCAUUUCAGCAACGCUUGCACGACAACGACAUGGCGGCCCAGGGAAUCAAUGAAGAGGCGGAACGCGAGAUUACGGAACUGCAGGCAGAAUUGACGCAGACGCGAAGCAAGUGCAAGUCGUUGGAAGAGGCGCGGUCCCAGCUGAUUUCAGAAGUUGCCGCACUCAAGCAAGACCUGGCGGAGGGCGAUGAUGCGAAGCGCGCAGCAGCUGAUCUGCGACACGAAAACGAGGCCCUCAAGCGCGAGGUCGCGUCUGUUCGCAAAAGCGCGGAAACGGUGGAGACGAAGAAGGAGCGCCUGCUUGAACAUCUUCGCAGCGACGGCCAACGCCUUCGCCAACAAAUGCGCGCACAGGAGGCAACACUGCAGGACGUGCAGCACGAGCGCGAUGCCCUUGCCGAGGAAGUGGCGCGAUUCAAGCAGCUCGAGAGGGAAAACGCAAAACUCCGCCGACAGUCGCGUGAGUUGACGCAACAGCUGCGGGAUUCCCCCCUCACGAGCAGGAAAUCACUCGGCGCUCUCACUGACGGAACAGAGAGUGGAGCAGAGGAUUCGCUGUCGCUGGAGGAGGAGCUGCGCCAGGCGUCGAUGCCGCCGGCAGUCCGCCGACUCCCCUCCGCCCCGUCCGCUCUCGGCGCGAAGAGGCGAUCUGGUCUCUCCGCUGCACACGACCGUCUGACAAAGCAGAAGGAGGAACUGGAGGCGGCGUUCAAGGAGAAAGCGCAGGAUCUGUAUCGCACGCUGCAACAGCUGGAGGCAGAAAAGGACUUGUCAAAGCACUUUGAGUCCCUGAAUGCGCAACUGACGGACCAGCUUGCCCGUGCACGCGAAGACAUGCAAAACAUCCAAGAGAGUCUUGACGAGGAGCGUGCACGCCGCCUCUCCGUCGAGCAAGCGCUCUCUCAACUGCAGAACCAGCGAGACCAACAGCAGCAGCAACAGAGUCAGGGCCGUGAACCGCAGUCGUCACGAAAGGUGGACGAGUCGGCCGAUGCUCGUCCGGCACUCGUUGAUGACAUCAUGGCCGAUAUUGACCGCGAUGACACCAUGACCGAUCGUGAAAAGCAAACUGUGGAGUCGCAGCGAAAGCAGUUGGAGGAGCAAGCGGCGAGACUGGAAGAAUUGUCCACCGCGUACGAUCAGGCGAGAUCAAGCCUGGAGUCCUACGUGAACACCGCGCAGGUUGAGGUUGCUGUGCAUCGCGAAGUGCUUGAGCACGUGUACAGCGACGAGACAAGUGGAUAUCAACUCCAAACUGUCAAACACGAAAAGGAGAACCACCUGUGGUUCCGGACACCGGAUCAUCCGCAAGUGUUGCCAUCUUCGCUGUAUCCGUUCCAGCCAGAGGAGGACGAGCAACUCGUUGAGGCCGCACAGACGUCUCGGGACAACUGGCACCACGUGGCGUUUGCGGUGCCCGGACGGCUGGACUCUGAACUUCGGGAACGGUUUGUUGCACUUCAAGGCCACGCGGCACACGAGCGAGAUGCCGUGCUGGCCCGCCACACCCCACGCAAAUACUCCCAACCCCAGCACGAAGCGCAUGCAUACAGGCACCAGCACCCUCCACAGCACCACCGCGGCCACCGCAAAGGCGACCACGACGACGCAGACGGCUUUUACGACGCGUACGUGAUGGGCGAUGGCUAUGGCGGCGAUGAUGAGAUGUGGGAUUCGCGGCCAUCCACCGUCAGCGCAUACACGGACUGGUCAACACUCGAUGCUGAGACACCAACAUCGGGACUGCACGACGCCAUGAGCGGCAGCGACGGAACGGAAUCGAGCGAGGACGGCGCCAUCUUUGGAGACAACUUUGAUCCCAUCUUACAGCAGCACCUCGGGCUCAUCUGAUUGCCCACUCUGCUUGGUCGUGUGUGUGUGUGUGUGUGUGUGUGUGCGUGUGUGUGUGUGUGUGUGUGUGUGUGUGUCUUU